AUGCCGCCGAAACAAGGAAAACUAGACACCUUCUUUGGAAAAAAAGGAGAUAUACAGUCUAAUGGUCAACCGGUAACCGCACCAGUUAGAAGAAAAAGACGUAUCAUUGAGUCCUCAGAAGAUGAGAAUGAUACUGAAAACGUUCGCGUAAAAAAUAAGCGGGUCAAGUUGGAAAAGAAAAAGGCAGUCGAGGAGGAAAGUAAAGCGCCGCAAGUGGAAAAAGUAUCCAAAAAUGAUUCUGCUGAAGAUCUCCCCACUAAUUCAGAGGAUGUGGACACUGAAGAGAUUACUAAGAAAGAAGAGAGCACAAUUAAAGCUGUUGCUGUUCUAUUGGCUUCUAACAAUGUAUCGGCAAGUGUUGAUAUUGAUUGGAAGGCAGGAGAAAGUGUUCUAUAUGCGGCACUUGUUAAUGCUUAUGAAAAGAUUGAGGCGACUUCAAAACGUUUAGAAAUCCAGGAGAUAAUGACCACGUUUUUUUUGCGUAUUCUUGAAAAAAGUCCCAGUAAUUUACUUGAAGUGAUAUAUCUAUGUAUAAAUCGGAUAUGCCCGGAAUUUGAAGGACUAGAACUGGGCAUUGGUGAAGCUUCUUUAAUGAAAGCAAUUGCAAUGUCGACUGGCCGUAAAGUACAAGCCAUUCGUAAAGAGUACAGUGAAACUGGCGAUUUGGGGCUUGUUGCUAAAGCUAGCAAAAAAGCUCAGUCGACACUAUUCACGCCCAAGCCAAUGACUGUAUCAUCCGUGUUCAAGGCGUUCCGGAAGAUUGCCUUGACUUCUGGUGCAGAUUCAAUUGAGAGGAAGAUUCAAUCCAUUGCCGCGCUUAUGUCUAGUUGUAGGAGCGGAGAAGAGGCAAAAUAUUUAAUACGAUCACUUGAAGGCAAGCUAAGAAUUGGUCUCGCUGAAGCUACAGUGUUAGUAAGUCUUGCUCAGGCUAUUGUUAUGAACGACUCUGAAUACAAAACCAUGUCCAAAAACGAUAAGACUGCCAAAUUGGCCGAGGCACCCAGCGUGAUCAAAGCUGUAUACAGCGAACUUCCUUCAUACGAUAUCAUUGUUCCUGUUUUAUUAAAGCAUGGCGUCGAUGGACUAAGGGAGCACUGUAAAUUAACGCCUGGUAUACCGUGCAAACCAAUGUUGGCCCAUCCAACAAAAAGUAUUACUGAAGUUCUUGACAGAGUGGAAGGGCACAAGUUCACAUGUGAAUAUAAAUAUGAUGGUGAACGGGGACAGAUUCACCUGUUGGAGGACGGUACAAUCAAAAUAUUCUCUCGUAAUCUUGAAGACAAUUCACAGAAAUUCCCCGACAUUGUUAAAAACGUCACACGGUUUAUUAAGGAAGGAACAAAAUCAUUUGUCCUCGAUUGUGAAGUAGUAGCAUGGGAUAAAGAGAAAAAAAGUAUAUUGCCAUUCCAAGUGUUAACAACAAGAAAGCGAAAAGAUGUCAAACAUGAAGAUAUCAAGGUCACAGUCUGUGUGUUUGGGUUUGACAUAUUGUAUUACAACGGAGAGCCUUUACUUCAGAAAUCCCUUGAGGCAAGGCGUGAUAUUCUCUUUUCCGUCUUUAAUGAAAUUGAGGGUGAAUUCGCAUUUGUAUGUUAUAAAAAUUUGAAUAAUGUGGAAGACAUACAAACAUUCCUUGACGAGAGCGUCAAAGGCAGCUGUGAAGGUUUAAUGAUCAAAAUACUUGAUGGUACCGAGUCAUCAUAUGAACCAUCUAAACGCUCUCGCAAUUGGCUUAAACUGAAGAAAGACUACUUGUCCGGGGUGGGCGACUCACUCGACUUGGUAGUGAUCGGUGCAUACUAUGGUCGCGGUAAACGCACUGGCGUAUAUGGAGGAUUCCUGCUUGCAUGCUACGACCCUGAUACAGAACAAUAUCAGACCAUCACAAAGACAUCAACAGGACUCAGCGAUCAGAAUUUAGAGGACUUUUACAAGCACUUUAAUGGACAAGUGAUUGAUGGACCUAAAAGGUAUUAUAAUUUUGAUGAAAAAACCAAGCCAGACGUGUGGUUCGAGCCAAGCGUUGUAUGGGAGGUGCUUGCAGCUGAUCUGAGUAUAUCACCAGUGUAUAAAGCGGCAGUUGGAACGUGCGAUCUAUCGAAGGGCAUAUCGCUACGAUUUCCAAGGUUUAUUCGAAUAAGGGAAGAUAAAAAACCAGAAGAUGCUACAACAAGUGAUAUGGUUGCGGAAAUGUACCAGAGGCAAUUCAAUCAUAAUGAAUCAUAA